CAGCAUUUCAUGGCGUCCUGUUUCCCUGCCUAUGAUUCCCUCUUCUUCGGCGGUGUGAGAUUGUGUCUUGUGAAAAAUUUCAUGUUCAGCAAAGCCAAUUAACGCGGAAUUUCUGGUGUAAUCGAACAAGUACUUCAUCGUCAUUCCUGGCUAUGACUGGAUACCAGCAGUCCCAGUGUGGAGAGCCAUCAACCACCCUGGAGCCACUUACAGCCUCCCUCCCUACCCCGGACUCGCUGAACCCGCACGGUGGUCCAGGAGGACAGGGGCUGAAUAACGCGGGACCCGGUCCGGGCACGCCGCUUUACCCUGGUCCGUCACCUGGACCGGGCCCCGGCCCGAAUCCGGGAUUCGCCACUCCCACACACGGCGGAGGUGGUGGCGGUCACACGCCACUUCCUGGACAAGGUAGUCACUUCGUCCACGGACCGCCUAGUUACAACUCUUCCCCCGUACCCCCUGGGCCUUCCACCCCAGGACAAGGAGGCGGCAAUUCCAAUCAUUUUCCAUCACCGGGACCUGGUUACAAUCCACAGGGAGGACCUGGAGGACCGGGUCCACAUUUUAACGGACCUUCAGGCGCCCCACCUCCGUUUAGCUCGCCCUACCCUAGCCCCGGAAGCGUUGGCCCUGGACAAAGCGGAAAUUCGGGACCUCAUCCUCCUCAGGGACACCCAGGGUUCCCGGGUGGCUCGCAUCCACAGUUUGGACCCGGUCCUAACGGUGGUCCCGGUGGCCACCCGGGUUUUGGCGGGCAUCCAGGACACGGGCCAGGCAUGCCGAGCGUGAUGGCCAGCCCGAUGGGCGGGCCCGGAGGAAUGGGUGGUCAUCCGCCAAAUAUGGGUGGUGUCGGACCUCCAAUGGGUGGGCCUGGGUCAGGACCAGGAGGGCCCAACCCCGGAAUGGGUCCGAUGGGUGGCCCAGGUUCUAUGGGUGGAAUGGGAGGUCCCGGACCUAUAGGAGGACCUAUGGGUGGCCCGCCAGGCCCUAUGGGAGGACCCGGGGAAAGAAUAGACCAACAUCCUGGAGGUCCACCUUUCUUCAACAGAAGGCAUCCCGGUCCUUACUUUAAUCAGCCAGACUAUAGAAUCUACGAACUUAACAAACGGUUGCAACAGAGGACUGAAGUAGUUGCAAUGGAAAGUGAUAACCUUUGGUGGGAUGCCUUUGCCACCGAAUUCUUCGAAGACGACGCUACGCUUACGUUAACAUUUUGUCUAGAAGAUGGCCCCAAACGAUAUACCAUCGGCCGGACGUUGAUUCCACGCUAUUUCCGGACCAUCUUUGAGGGUGGCGUAACCGAAUUGAACUAUCAACUGCGGCAUGCGAAAGAAUCUUUCCAUCAGACAACAAUCACUUUAGAUUGCGAUCAGUGCACUAUGAUCACUCAACACGGAAAGCCCAUGUACACUAAAGUCUGUACCGAGGGUCGAUUGAUAUUAGAAUUUACCUUUGAUGAUUUGAUGCGGAUCAAGUCAUGGCAUUUUGCUGUCCGAACACACCGAGAACUCGUACCCAGGCACGAAUCUGUGUUGGCCAGUCAAGAUCCUUCCUUGUUGGACCAAAUGAGCAAAAACGUAACGAGGCAAGGAAUUACGCCUGCCACCUUAAACUAUUUGAGAUUGUGUGUCAUCCUGGAACCCAUGCAGGAGCUUAUGUCCAGGCACAAGGCUUAUGCUCUCAGUCCACGGGAUUGCCUCAAAACCACCCUUUUCCAAAAGUGGCAAAGAAUGGUUGCCCCACCCGAAACUCAGCGGCCACCUAACAAGCGACGUAAGCGAAAAGGGUCGCAGACGGGCGGAGGCGCUGGAAUAAAUCAAGCCCAGCCAGCAGCACCCAACAAGAAACGAUCACCUGGUCCGAAUUUCUCUCUAGCGUCUCAGGAUGUCAUGGUAGUUGGAGAGCCUUCGCUUAUGGGUGGUGAGUUUGGCGACGAGGAUGAGCGAUUAAUAACCCGAUUAGAAAACACCCAGUAUGACCCAGCCGUCUCACUAGACGAUCCUUCCGGCGGUGGCGGAGGGGGUCCACCUUCCGCUCCUCCCUCCCAGUUCAACAGUGGGCCGCCUGGUAAUUAUCACGCUUUGAAAUUCGCACCCCCUUUUUUUUUUUUUUGGUUUCCAUUGACUGUAGUGACAUUUUCUUCUAAUCAGCUGAACUUGGCUGCAGGACCUCAGGGACCGAACGAUCCCAGUCCGUGGGGCGUGGUUCCAAAGCAGGGCGGCGGAAAUAAAGGCGGUGGAGGAGAUGCAGGGAAGAAAAGCCCAGCAGUAAGCCAGUGAGAAGACAUUUUUU